AUGGAAAAUCUUAAUAGAGGUGGAUUUUCUUUUGAUUUAUGUAAAAGAAAUGAUAUGAUUGCAAAGAAUGGUAUGAAGAUGCCAGGAUUCAUGAAGACUGGUACAACUAUUGUUGGUGUUGUCUAUGCUGAUGGAGUUGUUUUGGGUGCAGAUACUCGUGCCACUGAAGGACCAAUUGUAGCCGAUAAGGAUUGCGAGAAGAUUCAUUAUAUAGCAGAUAAUAUCUAUUGUUGUGGUGCAGGUACUGCUGCCGAUACAGAGUAUGCAACUGCUCUGAUCUCAUCGAAAUUAAAGUUGCAUCGAUUGGCAACUGGCAAGCAAGUACGUGUCGUCACUGCACUCACAAUGCUCAAACAGAUGCUCUUUAAAUAUCAAGGACACGUCAGUGCCGCCCUUAUUUUGGGUGGUAUCGACAUCACCGGACCAUCACUCCACACCAUCUACCCACACGGUUCAACCGAUCAACUUCCAUUCGUAACCAUGGGUUCUGGUUCUUUGGCUGCCAUGGCCGAACUCGAAGCUAACUUCAAACCAAAUAUGACUAAACAAGAGGCAAUUACAUUGGUUGCAGAUGCUAUAAAGAGUGGUAUUUUCAAUGAUUUGGGUUCAGGUAGCAACGUAAAUAUUACUGUACUUACAAAGGAAGGUGUAGAAGUUUUGAAGGGAUACGAAAGACCAAACGAACGUAAAUACAGAAGCAAACCAUACAUUUUCAAGUCUGGUACCACACCAAUCCUUUCAGAAGUUAGAUUACCACCACUCUCCAGCAAAGUUAUCAUUGAAGAUGUGCCAAUGGAGGUUUAA